CAGUUGGAGGAAUUGGGAUGCGGUUCGUCAGCUGAGUGUGGAUCUCACAAACCCCGACAGGACGGUCCAGCCCCACGAUUCUGCCCGGUGAAGCUCCUAACUUUACAUCCACCCAGCUGACAUGGAUUAACAGGAGCGGAGGAAGUCAGUUUCAAGCCCAGGCCCCUUCCGUGCCUGCGGUGGCCAGACGGCGUCAUGGCAUCCCGGCUGCUGGACCGUCUGAAGCGCUCGCUGUUUAAAGACGGCCAGGGGACGGGACCUGAGCAGGAGGAAGGUGGUGGACAGGAAGAGGAGGGGCUUAAGGAGGACCACUGGGAGGCAGAGCUGGAGGAGGAGGAGGAGUGCGUGACCGAUCGGCUCGGAGGGACGCUGUGCUUUGACAGCGGAGGAGGAGGGCUGGAGGAUGGAGCAGAGGGCGAGGGUUCAGGACUAGACAGCGACUCUGACUUCCUGGGAGAAUCGAUGGAGGAGGGCAUCAGCAGCACAGACACCAGUCCGGUGGGCGUGUCUCCACUGGGUCCCUCCCCUUCCUCGCUGUUUACUCGUCAGCUUCAGGAAAGCUGGAGGACCCUACGUGGACUCGGAGGAGGAGGGAGUCCCGUCCCCUCUGUAGGACGGCAGACGGACAACUUGCUGUUUGAGGUGACCGAUGCUAGCGUGGUGCAGGAUGGCUCCUCAAAAUACGUGCUGUACACCAUCCACGUGAUCCAGUCAGGUGGUAGCGAUAAAACUCCUGCGAUCAUCACCCGACGGUACUCAGACUUCCAGCGACUCCAUGCCACUUUGCGCCGUAACCAUGGAGACCAGAUGGAGCGUGUCUGUUUCCCACGGAAAAAGCUGCGCAGGAACUUCACAGCAGAGACGAUCGCUAAGCGUAGCCGGGCAUUUGAACAGUACCUGUCUCACCUGUGUUCCCUGUCUGCCCUGACGGGUGCACUGUGUGUCCGCCAGUUCUUCUUCCAAGCUGACCUGCAGACUGGACAGCUGCUCAUCAGGGUGGGACGUUACCAGGAGGCCUUGGGUCCGCUGCUCAACGCCAAGAGACUGCAGCAAAAACUGGGCUGGGCAUGUUACUAUGACAACCAGACCCCUCCACCAGCCUCCUCCCAUUGGUUCUUCACUCUGGUGGGACUGUCAUGCUGCUUCCAGGAGGUGGACCAGCUGGAAGAAGCAAGGGAUCACUGUGACCACGCCCUCCGUGUUCUGACCCCCGUUGAGACUGAGGAUAAGCCUCUCGCACCUGACAAUAACCCCCUCCCACAGACUGACCCCUCACCUGUGCAUCUGCAUAUCGACCAGCCUCACCCACUGCUGCUGCCAUUGCUGCGUUCGGUGGUUCGGCUGUCGUGGCAGACAGGAAAAGACAAGCGCCAGUGGGAGGAGCUUCUGCAGCACCUGGAGGAGCAGAGGGCGGGGCUAGACAAUCUCCCAACCAUCAAAGAGUUUCUGGUCAAACACAACCUGCAGGAGAGUGAGGGUGAAACCUAGAGCAACGCACACAUUGCACAGUACAAUCACCACAGUGUGACAGGAAUUGGGGUCAACUACAGGAAAAACACAUCGGAGAUUUUCAAAAAAGUCCAGAUAUUUUGAAAAGGCAAAGUGGUCACGUUGUUGAAGUAGUCAUAAUAUUAUAUUACAAUGAAAUGUGAAUAUUUAUGUUUUAUUUGAAAGGGAAAGACACAGUAUACAUAGAUAAACUACUAACAACUACCUGAUGCAAGUAUCAUAGUAUUUAUCCGUUAAUGCUAGUUUGCAUAAUUCAAAAAUGAUGUAUAUUUCAAGAAAACUCAAAAUAUUAUGAGAAAAAAAGUUGAAACAUUUAAAGAAUGAAGUGAAAUUAUUCUUGGAAAACUUAGAAAUGUGACAAACAUGAUAAAUUUAGUGAAUGGAUUUAAUUCAAGAUAUAAAUGUAGUUUCUACAGUAGUGGUCAUAUUUCCGAAAUGCACUUAUAUUAUUUUCAGAGAUAACUAGCAUUAUUAAAACAGCUCUUAUAUACCAAACAAACAUCAUGAUUACAAGUACAAAUCAUAUUAUUGCAGUUAAAGGUCACAGUAUUACAAGAACAAAUAAUAUGACAGGUUGAUUAAUAUGUUUUCAAGAAUAACGGCACAGCAGCAUGAAGAACGUGUUGCCUGGUGGAUUGCAUUCUGGUUGUAUGUUUUCACAAACCCUGACAGUUCUUAUAAACUGCACACUUAUUAUGUUAAUGGUAACAUUAACAGUUGCUUAUUUUCUUUUAUAAUCACAGAUUUCAUUCUUUGCAGUGGCCGGUAACACUCUGUGUACCUAGUGAGGCAUUCAGUCUUACUUUUCAAGCCUUAAACAGUUCAGGGUUGUUUGUAGGUGUAAUGCUUCAGAUCAGAGGGUUUUCUUUUUUAUUCCAAAGUGCAAAUUGUACCGCCCUUCAUAAUAUUUCUCAUAAGAUGAUAAUUUAACCAUUUUCACUGUUUUGCUCGACUUUUCAGAGCGGUUCAACAAGCAUUUGUCUUUUUUUUUAUAUACAUAAAUGUAAUUUAUCCCUUACAAACAAGACUAAAUCCAAGUAAAGAAAAAUAUUUUAGUACAGAAAAUGCAAAGACGUCUGUUUUAGAAAACACAAGAUUACAAGUACAGAGCUAAAAUUAGAAAUUACAAGCAUGGGUUUCAAGUAACUGGAUUUCUCCGAACAGUUAGGCUGUCAGACUCGUUUCCUUUAGUCAGUUUCACUCUGUGGUCAUAGCAAAGCACAUUUUCGAGCAGUUUUUCAAUUCCUCUAAGUUCCUACUACAGAUUUACAGUGUUAAAUAGUGACAAUGUCAAUAAGAGAGCAGCAGAGGUUGUUAAAAAUGACGUUAGCAUGAAGCCAGUCGAACAAAGACCCAGUUAUCUUCUAUUUUUAAGUUGGAAAUAUCUUAAGAAGCAUUUAAACUGAAAACGUUUUGCACACUGCCCUUACAAAAUCUCAUAGUAGAUCUGAGCUGAAAAUUUUAAUUCUGAACUUUCAGUUUUAAUCACCAAAAUACACUGUGUUUGUCAAGGGGUGCCAGUAAAUGUUUCCUGUGGACUGAAAAGGGCAACGUUAAAGCAAGACUCUACAGGGAACGUCGUGUUUUCUUUUUUCAUAUGUUGAUCAGUUUUUGUAUUUAUCUUCUUACCAUGGAAAAAAAUUCAAAACACACAUUUAAAUGUUUAUUCUUCAGUUUUUUUAUUUUUAAAAGUUUUAAUCCCCAGACUUUUGUAAAUACGCAUAAUAUGCAAAUGCAUGUAUAAAGUCUGAACUCCAAGCAGUUUCUGAGCUGUGGGCUCAUUUUUCACUGCAAUAUAUAGUCCUGCACCUCUAGAAGUAGAGAGAAAUGUUUUCUGUGCAGUAUGACGCAGUUACAAUGCUAUAAAUUAUAUAAAAAAUGAAAAUAACCCGGAAUCAACAUGUUCAACAUUUUUCAAGUGCCUACAAUUGUUACAAAUGCUGGAAAAAUGGAGGCUCCUCAUGCUAUGGAUAUUGAUCUACAUACAUUUUACAGCCUCUACAGACUCUGAACUCUGCUGAAUGUGUCUUCCAACAAUUUGCUGACAGUUUGCUCCUCUGUAUACAGUGUAUGAGCCAUGCUGCAUUUCUUUUUCAGUUUUAUUUUCCUCUCAGUCUGUCUUGUCAUCUCCUAGAAUGCAGUUCACCUCAAAUCUGAAAGAAUCACAGCUGAGUCAUACAUGGCCUCUCAGUUUCUCUGGGAAACGCUCUUUACAGAGUCUGUUUAGCGCACUUUCUGCUGGAUAAAUGAAGUGAUUUUGGCUUCUUUAUUUUUUUUAAAGAUAGCAUCUCUUUCGAAGUGAGGUUUUUGAGUUCAGAGGGUUAAAGGGUAAGUGGCUAUGGCUGAUGUAUGAGGGUUAAAACGUUGCCCUUUUUUCAGUGCAGUACAUUUUUGGUUGCUAAAAUCCAUGAUGUAGAAUUUUGUCGAACAUUACAUUGUUAGCAGGAUACAUUUCCUUUCUCCAACAACACUUGCAAAGCUCAUAUUUUGAAUAUUUACAUCUAUGUACUUUUUUAAAAAAAAAUUCUGCAUAGUUUACAUUGAUGUUUGCUUCUUUGUCGCUGCCUCUUGUGGUACUGCUGCCACCUGCAGAUCAGUGCAUUAAGUGCUCCAUAGUGAUGCUGCAGGUCAAGAUCUCCACAGAGCACCUUUAAAACAGUUAAAGACAAUUACCUCAGCUGCAGGUUGCACAGCAAUAAUUCAGCAGUGAGACAAUCAACUCUGUGUGAGAAAGUAAAUGAAAUAAGCAUCCUCGGCUGAACCGCUGGAUUCUCACUUUCAGUUUAGAUUUUAAGAGCAAAACAAUUUUGUUGUACUAUUUUAGGACAUGAAUCAGUGUGCUGGCAGUUUUUACAUGCAGUGGAUCUUUUAAAGGAAAGCUUUGCCUGUUGCCAGCAUGUAAGAUACAGCAGUUAAAGAGGCAUUCACUCACCACAUCAGCACACAUUCGUCAGGUUCAAGGUAAAAUUUGCUGCUUCUUUUAGUGAUCAGUGUUUUUACGUACAUAUCGUUACUAUGGAGACCUGUGGUGUUAGUGAUUCUGGUGACCUAAUGUGCACGAUUAGAUACAAGAUAUAAAUAGAUGAGAUUUACAUCAGCAGGAAAAGCGUGGACUCCAUGUGAUUGGUGGAGAGUUUUUAGAGGAAAUAAUCAGAACCACAACGAGGUUUUAUGUGUGAAAACAAGUGAUGAAUAAGGGACGAAACAAAGUCAUCAGCACAUUGAUGGCUUUUAACAGGGAAAGUGGUAAAAGAUUUAAAUGCCAGGCACAUGUAUAGAUUUAUGCACUAAUCCUAGUAGACGAGCUGCUGAUUGUUCACAUCGUUACUCUGGUUCGGACUGUGGAGAUGCAUGAGUAAUCAAACGCACCAUAUAAGGACAAUAUUACGCAAAGCAGUAGUCAUGGUAUAUUCAGCCUUACUGUGAUGUCUUUUCAUUUCUUGCUUCUUGUUAGUUUUCUAUUUGCAGUCGCCCUGCAGUGCUUUCAGCUUUGUUUUCUGGUAAAUGUAUCUGUGUAGCACUUUAUGCCUUUCUUCACCUGUUUACACUCACGGAUAAGGGAGUCGAACUCUGAGAUUCAAGGAUGAGCCACUCUACCUUCUUGGUUUGCUUUAGAUGCAUGCAGAGACUGUGAGAGGCCACCAGGGAGGACAAAUAUAUAUAUUUUCUAGAAUCUAUAUAUGAAGCUUUUAAAAAAUCUUAAAAUUCAGACUUCGAAUAAUUUUCUUUACACUCAUCUCAACCCUCUUUCAUAAUGAACGGUUCAGCCCUGUCUCCUGGAAAUUAUGCAGCUGACUGAAUUAUAUCAACUAAUACAUUUAGUUGGAGCAGCCCACGUCCAUUUUCUUUUAACACGCUGAGGAAAAAAAUGUUAAUUUGACAUUCAAAUAUGUUAAUACAGAACCUAUUGGAAGCAAUUAUUUGUUCAGCCAGAACAUCUGCUGGUAGUAAAUGUAGUAUUAACAAACGUUUUAUGAUUGCAUUCAGGUUCUGGGUUAAAUUGGACAUGACACUCAACAUGUAGUCAGCAUAAUUUACAAGAUGGGUUCCCAGUAAAAAUCCCUAACAUAGGAUGUGACAUUGUUGGGUUGGAAUUCCUACGCUUACUGACAUUAGUUAUCUACCGACAGCAUUCACAGUCAUUGACCCCAAGCUAAAGAGUGAUGCAAGGGAGAGUCCCUUAUGUGUUAUAGUGGAUGCAGCAAUAACAUUUCAUUGAGUCAAAAACCAAGAAAAGAUUGUCCACUUUCAAGUUUUGCUUCUUAAGCUGCAAAUGGUUUUUCAUCAUUGGUUAGAAACAAGAGAAUCUUGCAGUUAGUUGUAAUUCUAGGGUUUGUAGUGGACGCUUUGUAAACAGACUAUGUGGUUUUUGAGGGCGUACAGGUGGUUCAUGUGACCAAAAAGUUGAAAGUCUGUUGAGUUUCCUUUAUAAGGUUGGAUGUAAACACCAUCCACGUUAGUCUACUAGCAAAGAAGUAACUGAGAGGUAGUUUUGUCCUUUACCAUAUUUAAUUUGAAAUAAGUCUUCCCGAACAGACUUUGAGCCUAACCAACCCAAUGACACAAUAUGACGAAGAGCCAAAGCUCACGAUUGAAGCAAAAUAUUAUAAUUUAACAUGCAAUCUUUUUCUAUAUAAAUUUUCACAACAUAAAUUCCAACACGCGUAAUUCUGUCUUAUAUUCUGUUCAGGGCUAGAUUAAAAUAGUGAUUUGCUUAAUAAAGAAACAGUUCACAGUGACUUCAAAGAUAACGUUUUUAUGAACAUUUAUUCGAGGCCACCAUCUUUCCUGAAAAGUUUUUAGUGCUUUUGUAGCUGUAUAAAUGUACCAUUCAUUUAUUUAUUUAUUUUUUAAAAAGCAACUACUGGGCUUUGCAAAAGUUCUGUUACACUUGCAAAAUGAACACAAAGAUUUUUUGGUGCAAUAAGAUACAUUUUUAUUUUGAAAAUAUUUCAAUAUAUGUGUUAAUGAUAAUAUUAAUCAGAAAUGUGGCGACCCAAAACUUUUAUCUUAUUGCACCAAAAAAUCUUUGUGUUCAUUUUCGUGAAUGUCUCAACAAGUGUAACAGAACUUUUGCCCAGUAUGUAAUCCAGUCAAUGAUUGCUUGCACCUUAGUGUACUACAGGAAAGAUAAGGAUAGGAUUAAGUGGUGUAUAAAUAAUGGAAUGGUAGAUAUUUUCCUCUCUUGUGGCCACUCUGAGCCUCUGCACUUCCUCACGUUGUACCCAUAGAGCUUAAAUUCACUACCAGCUGCCUGGAAAUAUCAGUGAGAAUAAUGUAAUUGUUGAUAAUCUUACAGACCUUCAUGGCUCAAAGCCAGCAUACAUUAAAACAGGAAAUUUCAGUGCUGAACUCAAACAUUUAUCAAGUUGUAGCCCUGCAAUGAUCCCAGCAGCAUCUCAGCUCCAGACACAGAAGUCAACACUGAUUAUAUUUUCAAGCAAACAGUCAGUUUAUAAUAUAUGGAAUAUUUUACAUUUCCAAGCUGCUGGGCAAAGUUUUCCCACCAUUUGUGUUAAAUGAUUACAUGGAAUGUGAAAAAUUCAGUUAAUUAUCUUGCAGGUUUUACAAUUUUCUUGUAUCGAGACUUCUGGCCUCUUUGUCUCAAAUGUGGAACUGUUUGGAAGAGUGCUGUCAUUUUAAUGUAACUCGGAUUUUGUGUUGGUGUUUGGGUUUUAUCAUUCACUUAAGAAUUUUUAUUUAUAGUUUUUUAUUUGUUUUUGGAAAUAGUUUGAAAAUGCAUUUUGGGGUCAGUCACAUUGAAAAAUAAACUGUUCAUCUCAAAAUGAGCUAAUUUCAGUUAUAAACAUCAGGUCCUAAUGUGAGCUCCAUUUUUAACUCUUUCACAUGUGAUGUUUUCAUCACAGAUUGUAUAUAAGGAGGCCAGUGCAUCACUACGUUCUGGCUUUGUACAAAAGUGAAGUCAAAAUAUGGCAUUAAUGGGCGCUGCUGUGUUGAGUUGGUGAUUUAAAACCAAAGCCAGUGCAAUAUUCACCAGGGAAGGUCUAAGUGCCUUAAACUGCGUUCUUUCUAACAGCCAGUAGAGGGCGACUCAUGUGGUUCCAAAAUCAAGUCUUUAUUUUAAAGAAUUCUAAAAUCCGUUUUCACUUGAUCUGCUACCUUAGUAAAUAUUUUCCUCAUUAGUUGAUGGUCUCAAUCUCUAGUUUCAAGUCUCCUUCAAUACAACACAAUGUUUAUUCAGUACAUUAUGAUUCUCUUGAGAAGAAAAUAGCGCAUAGUGUCAUAGAGUUUUCAGUCAGAUCCACACCUCACUUAUGUCCAGUUUCAAAAUGUCAAGAUGACAACAGCCAGAUUCUAAACUUGAGGCUUCAAACCUAUAGUCUGGUGGCUUACAUCCCAUCUACUAACAUGUAGAUGGUGGGCCUUAUGACCGUACUGCAACCAGCCUGCAGAGGGUAAUGAAGAUAUUCUGUCAUGUUGGUCAUCUUUAUUUACAGCCUGUGGUUUUUGUUGUGUUAGAGCUGAUUUGUGUUUGCAUAUCGGUCUUAGAGGUUUCUUUAUUUGGCUGCAUUUCCAUUCAAAAAUAAUAAUAAUAAUUAUUAUUAUUAUUAUUGUUAUCAUGGGCCUAUUUUCACUGUCAAUUCUUUGCUUUCCCUCCCCUUCAGUAUCAUACCCAACAAACUUUAGACUUUAAACUGACGUUUAACCACAAUACAUUUACUCUGCUCUGAUUUCCUCUUCAGAUUUCACUUUCUUCUGAUGAAAUGCAGCCUGUUGGUCCUGUGUGGAAUAUUUUCAAAUGUGUCAUUUGACAAUUGUAGUGGCACUGCUUUAUAUAGCUAUGUACGAGUAUAUUUUAUGGAAUAAAUUUCUUACAAAUUCAA